AUGACGUCUAAAUCAGAUAAUUCUCAUGUAAUUCCAAUCGAGGCAAAUAAAAAAAUUUUGGAAAUUGUCUGCUCUCCUACAUUGAAAUAUGUUGCUGCAUUGCAUGAAGAUAGCAAUAUCGACCUUUGGUCUAUUAAUAGUCAAGGGGAACAUCUAGAUUAUGAAAAAACAAUUAAUAUUGGCAAUAUUCACACAAGAAAAAAUGAUGAAAAAAUAUUUGCAAUUUCAGAUAAUAAAUAUGUUUCAAUCAGCUUUAAUAGAAUUAAUCCUUAUAAUUUCAAAAUUUUCGAUUUUGAAACUGAAAAAGAAGUAACAUUAAAAUUUCCAGAUUGGCAAAAGGAAAUUGACUUCUUAUCCUUUAUUGAUAACGAUAAUAUUAUAAUGGUCAAUACUAAAUAUUACAGAGCAUAUGUUUUUUCAAGUAAAGAUACUAUUAGCUGGGUUUGUAAAUCAAUGGUCGAAUUAAAAUAUUUUAAAAACAUUUAUAUUAAACCUAAAGGUAAAUUGAUCAUAUUUAAUGAUUCAAUUUAUGAGCUCACGGUGUGGGACAUUGAAGAAUUAUCGAUCACAACUCGUGUUUUAAUAGAUUGGAAUCUUACACCUAAGUCUAUAGAAAUUAGCGAUGAUGAAGAAUUAUUAUUGGUAUGCGCAAGAAAUGAAAAAACCAAUAAGACAUAUUUAUACAGUUUUUCCACAGAAACUGGAAUGAAUCUGUCAUCCUAUAGAUUUCACUUGAUUGCUUCUAAAAAAGGAGAAAGAUUAUUAUAUAUGUCAGGAAAGCAAUAUAAUUUAAUGGACCCUUAUAGCCUCAAAACUCCAACCAAUGCAAGUAAGCUUUUUGAAAGGAUUCAAAUCCAAAUUCAAGAACCAUACAUAAUUCUAUCGGAUAAAAUAAUUUAUACGAUUGAUGGAAGAAUAUCAAUUAAAGAAUUAGUGACCAAUGAUUGGGUCAAAUUCUUACGAAAAGAACUGAAGAGCACAAAUAGAAUUACAACUUUGUCUAAAAAGACAAUUGAUAGUAUAACUGAUAUUAUAAAUGGCAAAUUAUCUGAUGAUCAUAAUAUUGACAAAAAAGAAUUUAAAGGAGAAGCUUUAAAAUGGGGAUUAGAAUUAGAUGAUGAAUCAGUCAGACUUACAAUAAUUGAUUAUAACUAUCGCAAGAAUGAAUGGAAUCCAGAUGAUAAAAAAAAGCAUCUUGAUAUUCUUCCAUCAUUUUAUUCUAAUGGAAAAGAAUUUAUACAACAUUGUAAUGUUCUCGAAAAUGAUGACUUCAUCACAAUUACACGCAUUGGUAUAAUUAUCUGGACUUAUAAGUAUUCAGAAAUUAAGAUGCACUAUUAUUGGAAUUAUUGGAAUGAUCGUUUAGAACAGUUCGAAUUUGAAAUGGGAAAAUUUAAAGAUUUCUCUAACAACUGGACUUUAGGAAGAAUUCUUCCUGCUUCAAGUUAUGAAACUAUCUAUAGAAAUUUAGAUGUUAAAUUCGGCAAAGAAGAAAUACAGCUUUUCAAAAUCUUUUUGGAAGAUAAUAUCGUCGAUGAAUUUUAUUUAACUUGCUACGGAAAAAUUCUCAUGGAAAUAUUUAUUAAUUUACAAGAUGAUAAAUGGAUUCGAUAUUUAGGUGGCAGCUGUAUGGAUAAAUUUGUGCAAGAUGAUAACCAUUUGAUUUCUAAAAUUUCUUUGUUAACUAUUAUUUUUGAAAACUUUAAUAAAUUAUCAGAACAUCAUCCCGCAUUUAUAGAAAGUGCUUUAUCUUUGGUAGGAUUUGUAGUUCCUUCUUAUAUUAUAGAACACUCUAUUGCAUCACAUCUUUCCAGUUAUGGAAGAUACUAUCAUUUAUCUAAAACAUCAUUUCUUGACAUAUUGACAUCUAAUCUUUGGAUUCGUUGGAUUAGUUUUCAAAAAAGCUUUCCAACUAGUUUCCAAAAUUUUCAAGAACGUCAUACUUUUUUUCGAGAUUCAAUUAUAAGACCAAUCAUCGAUUCUAAUAGUUCAACUAUACUUGCAAUUCCUCUGCCAAACUUUGUUUCUUAUCCAAAAGAUUACAAUGUUUGGAAAGAAUUAUUGUUACCUAGUCCCAAAAUAGAGUUAUUUUAUAUGUUACCUCACCAACGAAGAAAAGAAAAUUGGUUUCCGUUUGUUAUGUUUUAUGAAUGCCACACAAUUAAACUUCGUGAACAUAUAAUUGAUAUCGAAAAUAAUAAAUGGGCAGGUUAUAAAAAGCCUUACAUUUCGAAGAAUCUUAAAGAAGUUCUUCUACUCCCUGAAGAACAACCCACUCUUGCGCAAAUUAAUGAAGCUAUUAAAGGGCUGAAAAAAUCAAUUAAAGAGUUGAAAGAAUCAACUAAAGAGCCCUCUCUUAGGCAAAUUAAGGAGGAUAUUAAAGAUCUAAAGGAUCAACUGAAGG